AGGCCGAGACGAGACCCCAGAAGCGUUGGUAGGAGGCAGAGAGGCACGCAGGCAGGCAGUCGGGCAGGCGAGGCUGUUGGCAGGCGGUGGCUGCGGAAGAGCCACUUCUCCUCCUGCUGCUCUUCCUCGCAGCCCGGCUCGGAGGGAUGGGGCCCCUCAAGGAAAGCUGCAAGGAGCAAAGAAUGCAGGAGAAGGAGAUUUGCCGCAGCCGCAUCCCUCGCCUGAUCCUCAGGCCUCCUCUCUCCCAGCAGCAGCCCCAUUACCAGAAGGUGUCUCCAACAUCUGAAUCCCCCUUUUCAGAGGAGGAGAGCAGAGAAUUCAAUCCCCUCAGUUCUUCUGGAGGAUCUGCAAGAACAAUCAGCAGCACCAGUUUCUGUUCAGAUGACACCGGUUGCCCCAGUAGUCAGUCGGUCUCUCCAGUUAAGACGCCGCCUGAUACUGGAAACGGUCCAGUCGGUUUUUGUACGAGCACUAAUGGAGGAGAAUAUGCAAGAAAUAAAUUUAAUGCAGGAACAAUGGGAGACGGGACUCAACAAUCGGCUCGAUAUAAGAAGGAAACAAAGACAAGCCUCAUAAAGCCGGGAAGUGAGGCUGAUUUUAGCUCUUCGAGCAGCACAGGCAGCAUUUCGGCUCCUGAGGUCCAUAUGUCUGCCACUGGAAGCAAAAGGUCAUCAUUUACUCGCAAUCGAGGGCCUCAUGGAAGGAAUAAUGGAUCCUCCUCUUACAAAUCUGGGUCGAGUCCUCCUACCACAUCCCGGGAGAAGGAUUUUCUGGGAAUGUUGUGUAAAAAUCAGUUGAGUCCCAUUAGCACCCAUGCGAAUUACGGGGCUUCUUCGGCCAGCAGCAGCAAUUCAGGCUCAUACAAGGGAAGUGAUAGCAGUCCCAUUUUGAGGCGGCCAGCCAGGUACACCUCUUGUGGUGAGAACCAUGGUAUUAAACCACCAAGUCCAGAGCAGUACCUGACCCCCCUCCAACAAAAGGAAGUGACAGUGAGGCAUCUGAAGACAAAACUGAAGGAGUCGGAGAGCAAGCUCGAAGAAAGGGAAAUAGAGAUCAAGGAAUUGAAAUCUCAACUAGCUCGCAUGAGGGAUGAUUGGAUUGAAGAAGAAUGUCAUCGUGUGGAAGCCCAGCUUGCUUUGAAAGAAGCAAGGAAGGAGAUCAAGCAGCUCAAGCAAGUUAUCGAAACUAUGAAAAACAGUUUGGCUGAGAAAGACAAAGGGAUUCAGAAGUAUUUUGUGGACAUCAACAUCCAGAACAAGAAGCUGGAGUCCUUGCUUCAGAGUAUGGAAAUUGCACAGAAUGGCUCUUCUAAUGAGGACCAGAGUCUAGAGUAUGUAUAUCGAUCUCCUGAUACGUCCCUAUCUCCAAGUACAGCGCAUUCCAAAAUGGCAGAUAGCUUGCUUACGGAGGAUCACUCAUUGGAGGAUAUGGCAGAUAGUGGUGUUCUACUGAGCGAUGAUGUGGCUAAUGGGAAUGAUAUAUUUGAAGAGACAACGAUUGCUACCACACCUGAACUUGGGUGCCCAACUCUCUUUACUGCUUCUACAUUGAACCACCUGGAUUUUGUCAAUGACUUAGCAAGCUCCAAAGAAGAGGAUGACAACCGCAGCUGUACUAUGGCAAACGAACAAGCAGUCCAAGCUGAUGUGUUGCUGUAUAGCACAGAAAUGGAACAGCUCCUUCAUAACAUAUUCAAGGCACAAGAAGAAUACCCCAUGAGCCCAUCUCCAGCUUUGAAAGAAUUGGAUGUAUCUUGUGCUGAGAGUGUCUCAGACAUGGUUUUGGAUUUGACUCCAUGCGAUCCGAAUUCUGCUAUCCUUUUAUCCCCUAUAAAGCCAGUGUGUGGUGCUGCAGAUUCCAGACAUUAUGAAAACCGAGUCAUGAAAGAACUGGAUUUCAUAGAUUUUCGCUCUGAAGUAUGUGGGAACACUAGGAAGUUGUCAGAAGGGACCAUUGUGAAAAGAUACUGGAGCAGCAACUUCUUUGUAGAUCUUUUGGCAGUAGCGGCCCCCAUGGUGCCAACCGUCAUGUGGAUGUUCAGUACUCAGAGAGGAGGAAUGAGCCCAGUCCCCAAUUUUGGAGGAUUGCUCCGAGGCUGUUGCCUGAUAGCUCUGCAUUCUCUUCGCCGGGUACCCAUCAAUGUCCGGGCCUAGAUGUAACUAUCCUGUACAGUGUGCCAAAAAGGCUGAGUUCUGGUUGGGUGUAGUGAGGCCAAGUGAAAAGGUUAUGUAUGUAUUGGUGAACUGUCAAUUUUGCUCCUUAAUGUUUGAUUUGCACUAUAUUUCGUAUGUUCAUUGUUUGAAAUGGGGGAGAAGGGAAAGACUGUUAGUGGCAUGGAGACUUGUUUCCACUCUGUGUAAACACAAGUGCAUUUUUUUAAAAGCAUGCUAAAUGCUCUUUGUUCUGUUGUCAGAUGUAUGGAUUGUUAUACCAAAUGUUUUCAGGUGUGAGGGGAAAGUUCAUUCUUCCAAAGGCAGCUUACAUAAUCCUGGCAUGAACUGUCUGUGCUUUUGUAGUGGCGCUUUAAUGAUGUACUCACCCUUGCAUUCCACUGAUCCUUGUGUACAAGGGACCAUAACCAAAAAGGAAAAAAAAGAAGAAGCAUAAAAGGUAUUAUUGUAGAUUGGUGAGCGUCUUGAAUCUUGUUAUUUUGUGUAUAAAUAUGGCUGUGAAUAUAUUUUUUGAAGUUUGUUUUAAGUCUUAAAUAAAGUCUUAUUUGGAUGUCAUGAAAGUACAUGAAGGAAUAUUUUAAAUGUAUGUUGGAACUAACUUAUUUUUUCUUGUUAUAUAAUCUUUUAGGAGAAGGAAAGCCCUUUAUAAUUACAAGUUCUAAAUAAAAGCAUGUUGAAAUGAA